UGACUACAAAAAUGGAGGGCAUCUGUCAAAUGGAUAGCUAACAAAGUCAGACAUGAUCCUUUAAAAACAGAAAAUUACAUAUUUGGAGAAUCUGCGAGAUGUCGACUGCAACUAGUUGUCAGCAACCUAGCAAGCCGGCGGAUUCUCGUGUUGUUCAAGACCAUCCCUCGUGUGCUAAACGCCAUCUAGUGCUGCCACAACGUAAAAGACAAAUAAAUGCGAUUGACCUUUUGAGCCGGAGAUCCCGAGGCAUUUCAGAUUCUGGGACGUUGUCAAGACACAACCUAAAUAUUCUGAGGGGUAUCGUGCUUCAGGACAGUCGAAACUUCAUCAAAGUCUGGACCAAGAGCUCGAAGUCCACAAUACGUUAUGAGAGUGGGAGGAUCUAUUUCGAAAAUUACCAGCGCUGCUACAGUUGCCUUCCAUCAGAACCUCAGCUUCUGUACGAGUUACCCAAGCGGGCCAAAGCAGAGAAAAUCCAAGAUGCACUACUAUGUCAGAGUCCACUUGACAAAGUGUUGCCCACACGGUCUGAUCACAAACCUAGUCUCUUGGCAUUGACAGCCAACAAUUGGCUGUAUCGCUUGUCAGCUGAAACGGGUGAACAGCUGCAAAAAAUCUUCUUGUCUUCACAUCAUAAGUUCAGAUACAUCAGCUGGGAUGUGGAUCAGGAGACGUUUUAUGUCAAGUCCACUCUUAAAAAGGCACCCUUCACCCAGCAGGCAGGACUCAACCAGAACACCCUGGUACACAUAGCUGUCUUCCACGUGUCACCACUGCAACUUGUUGGUUCUCUGGAGAUAAACAAGAACGUAUUUGGGAACACUGUCAUAGAUGUCAGUCUCUCUCAAGGAGUACUAGCUGUGUCUCACAGCACAAAGAUCGUAAAGCUCUAUAGUUUUGAACACAUCCUGAAAAAGUUCAUGACGAAGACAUGGGAGCUUGGAGACCCAUGCCACUUAAAGAGCACUAACAUUGUGGGAGAGGCACCUUGUGGUAUUCCAGUCAAUAUUGACAUCAAGGAAAGCCCUCCUGUGCUGUUUGAGGUGCCGUGCUUUGACAACGGUAUUCAGAUCGGAGGCCAUCCAUGGCACUACAUCUACACCUCACGCCAAGGCGCCCACCACAUCUGCUCACUGAAGGACAAAGCUCUGGUACAUUUUCAUGGAAUACAAGACAUGAAAAGUUGCUCUCUGGAGUCCGACUGGAUCUACUUUCACCCAGAUGACUCAGGCAGGAUCAUCCAUGUUGGGCCCAGCACCAUUAAUAUGCUGAAGAUCCAAGGUGGGCUAGAGACUGACAUGUCAUCUCGAGUAGUUCAGGACUUUUCCAUCACAGCGCACAGAGAUAACGGAGCUGCUGCCCAGGUCACUGUGACCUCCUCGGGUCGUACAGUAAAGCGGAGAUUCCAUCAGCUGGAUGAUGACCCAGAACAGGAGACCUUCCGGAUAGUUGAGUUUGAGGAUGAACUGGACCUCCUGGUAGUGGUGGAGGUGACCAGCAGUGCUGAUGAAGGAAAAGCACAAGUCCGACUCCAUGACAACCAGAGUGGGAUGUUACUGAAGAGGAUCCCUCUCAUGGAGUCCUGGGACGAGACCUACAGGCAUGAACUGUUCUUCGAUAAAGACACAAUUGUUCAUAUUGGACAGACAAAGACCAACUUCUGCUGCAGUGUUUACAAAAUCAGACACGGGAUGGAGGAGCUAGAUUGAAAUGAGACUCUAGUCUGGACUCUAGACUAAGAAUUAAGGAUUUUAAAGAACAAUUUCUGGGUGUUUCACUUUUGAAAACUUGGCAUGAACUACCUUUUCUAAAUAUGAGUUAUUGAUGCUUUUGAUACUAUUUCAUAUUUUGGAAGAAUUGUUUCCUUUACUUGCCUGGUGUGUUGCCACGUACAGUUAUCUUUCUAUAAAACGCGCAACUUUCUACGCCCUUAACUGUUGCCUACUUUUUCAACCAACGCGCAAUUUUGUAACAAUUGAAGUUACAAAACAUCGGGGCUGUGAUAUAAACAGACCCCCCCCCCCCUCCUUUCCCUCGGUUAACCUUUUGAAAUUCCUCUGCUUUGAGACAUCACUUUGAGUCACUUCCUCCGUUUAGCCAGUGGGUGGCUGGCGUCGACGCUGUCAGAGAUAGCGAUGGAGUUGGAAAGCCUGAUUAAUCACCUUUACAUAUCGUGCAUUCGUGGAAUGAGCAACACAGCUAACCGUGUGGGUAGCGGCCCCAAAGAAUGCCAAAAUCCCCUGCAAUAUUCUUCUGUUGGUAUUCACUCUCGUCUGCUUGGUGGAUUGGAUGAUUGCACUCUCCCACAGCAAUAAGGAAAAAGGCAAUUUUUUGUCCCCUGUCAGGGACCUCAGUAGCGUGUGGAAGAUCCAUACGCAGCCACAACAGCUUGGCACCUCCUCCUCAUGCAGGUCACUAGCCUGGUCACACACUGCUGUGGGAUGGCAUCCCAUUCCUCAACCAUGAUUUGUCGCAAGUCAGCCAACGUGUUUGCGUUGGUCACUCUGGCACAUACAGCACGCCCAAGCUGAUCCCACUUGAAGCUCUAAAUGAGAGUGAAUACCAGCAGAAGAAUAUUGCAGGGGAUUUUGGCAAAAUAUUUUGGGCCGCUACCCAUACUGUGUUGCUCAUUCCACAAAUGCACGAUCCUUACAAGUUGUACCUCGUUGUAAAGGUGACUAAUCAGGCUUUCCAACGAUAUAAAAUACAAUACCAAUUGGUAUUAUUGAAGGGGAGGAGUAAUCGGCCGAAAUAACGUUUCCAAACUUUUUUUGAGGAGUUUAUGAUAAUAUAAUACUUUAUUAUAUGCGAUAAUAUUUGGAGAAUGUAUGGUCUUGCAUUUUUUU